UUCCGGUCUUUUAAUUCCUCCGUGGCAUGGCGGAUGGUCUGUAACGCCGCAAUUAGUGUUUAUUUGGAGGAAUAACUUCGCUGAUAUAGCGAAAUGAGUCUGUCAGUAGCCCGACCACUCGUGUCGGUAUACUCCGAGAAGAGUGAGAAGGUGGCCGAUGCCACCAUUCCCCUGCCUUUCGUGUUCAAGGCGCCUAUCAGGCCGGACCUGGUCAACGAUGUUCACGUAUCCAUGUCCAAGAAUGCAAGACAGCCUUACUGCGUGAGCAAGGAGGCUGGUCACCAAACCAGUGCCGAGUCAUGGGGUACUGGACGCGCCGUCGCUCGUAUCCCACGUGUACGUGGUGGUGGAACCCAUAGGUCGGGCCAGGGAGCCUUCGGCAACAUGUGCCGCGGCGGCCGCAUGUUCGCGCCCACGAAGCCGUGGCGCCGCUGGCACCGGCGCGUCAACCUGCGCCAGCGCCGCGCCGCCGUCGCCGCCGCCGUGGCCGCGGCCGGCGUGCCGGGGCUCGUGCAGGCCCGCGGACACAUCAUCGAGAAGAUCCCAGAAAUGCCCCUGGUCGUCUCCGACAAGGUCCAGGAGAUCACCAAGACAAAGCAAGCCGUCAUUUUCCUGAGACGUAUCAAGGCCUGGUCUGACGUCCUUAAGGUGUACAAGUCCCAACGUUUGCGCGCCGGAGUCGGUAAAAUGCGUAACAGACGUCGCCUUCAACGCAAGGGCCCCCUUAUCAUCUACAACAAGGAUCAGGGCCUGACCAAAGCGUUCCGCAACAUCCCCGGUGUUGAUAUGCUGUCAGUCAACAAGCUGAACCUUUUGAAGCUGGCUCCUGGUGGCCAUCUUGGACGGUUCAUCAUCUGGACCCAAUCUGCUUUCGAGAGGCUCGAUGCCCUCUUCGGCUCAUGGAAGACACCUUCCAAAGAAAAGAAGAACUUCAACUUGCCCCAACCCAAGAUGGCCAACACCGACCUCACCAGACUGCUUAAGAGCGACGAGAUCAGAAAAGUCUUACGCGCUCCCAACAAGCGUGUGGUACGCGCUACUCGCAAAUUGAACCCGCUGACCAACUCGAGAGCAAUGCUCCGUUUGAACCCGUUCGCUGCUGUGCUCAAGAGGAAAGCGGUGCUCGAUCAGCAAAGGAAGAACAACUUGAGGGCACUCGCUUUGGCUGAGAAGCGUGGAAUCAAGCUGCCAGAGACCGACCCGGCAGUAAAAGCAGAGAAAUUACGCGAAAAGCGGGCAAAAUCCAUAAAAUUGGCGGUGUCCAAGAAACCCAAGAAGGCGCCAGUUAAGAAAACUCCCCCUCCACCCAAGAAGAAGGCUGACAAGGCAAAGGCAGCGCCUAAAAAGUGAUUUGACAAAUAAACUUUAUAACUGA